AUGGGCUUGUUCCGGGUGAUCCCGAAGCUGCUGCAUAACCGUGUGGUGAUGGCCUGUGCUGCCCCGCGCCACCAGCAGGUCCCCAGGAAUGCCCUGAAUAGCCGGAACAGAACCGGGUCGGGUUCUGGGGGGCUCAGGUUCAUGGUGGUUUCUUCCAAGUUUGAAGAGAAUCUCAGUAAAGCCUCCUCCCCUACCCGUUUCCCACGUGUCAUGAAAACAGCCAAGCAGAAGGCCCUGGAGGUGGUCCGGAGCAUGCACCAGAAAUGUGUCCCUUCUGAAGCUGAGCUCGGGUUUCUGCAGAAACACGGGAAGGCCGUGGAGGAUGCAGAUGGUAACCCCACGGUGCAGAGCCUCCCCCCGACUGCCAUUGUGGAACUGAUAGACAGCUUCAAGGUGUCCAAGGCCCUGUUCACGGCUUGCAAGAUGAAGGUGUUUGAUGUGCUGAGAGACGAAGGCCCCCUGAGUGCGGCGGACGUUGCCAGGAAAAUCGAUGCCUCUGAGGGGGGAACUGGUCAGCUGCUGGACGUCUGUGCAGCCCUGGGCCUGCUGGACAAGACAGAGGGAGGUUACAGCAACACGCCCCUGGCCACCCUGUACCUGCUGUCGGAUGGCGAGUACUCCCUCCACAGCCUCAUCAUGUCCCACGAGGAAGUCGCCUGGCCCUUCUUCUCCUACCUGGACUUUGCUGUCCAGGGAGGGCCGUCCCAGGGUCGGAGAGCUCUGGGCACAGCGGGGGAGGACCACUAUCAGGAGUUGUUCUACCAGAAUUGAGAAAAGAAGCUGCAGUUCAUGCGGGCCAUGCACGGCCACACCAAGGUGGCUGCCCGCCAGGUGUCCACAGCCUUUGACCUGUCUGGAUUCACCUCUGCCUGCGACCUGGGAGGAUCCACAGGCGCCCUUGCCUACGAACUGGCCCGCAAGUACCCAGGUCUGAAGGUGACUGUAUUUGACCUGCCAGAGGUCAUCGAGGAUGCCGUGUGCUUUCAGCCCCAUGGACCCCAGACAGGGCAGGUCAGCUUCGUGCCAGGGGACUUUUUCCGAGAUACCCUCCCUGAGGCCGACCUGUACAUUCUGGGCAAAGUUCUGCACAACUGGCCCGACGACAAGGUGCACCAGCUGCUGAGCCGCAUCUCCCGCAGCUGCAAACCAGGUGGCGGCCUCCUGGUGGUGGAAAUGCUGCUGGACGAGGACAAGUGCAGGCCCCUGCCUGCCGUGCUGAUGUCGCUGAACAUGACGGUGCUGUUCCAGGGCAGGGAGCGCAGCCUGAGCGAGUACCGCAGCCUGCUGCAGGCGCACGGCUUCACCGACGUGCGGGCCGUGCGCACUGGGACCAUCCUGGAUGCCGUGCUGGCCACCAGAGCCUGACGGCCACCCGCAUGCCAGUCCCAGGGUCACUCCCCUGGGGGGACACUGGCCCAGGGUCCCCCACCGUGGCCCAUAGGUAGAGAGUGUGCUGCAAGGGGCUGGAGUCACCCCCAGGCUAAGGAACGGGGCCAGCAGCGGCACCUGGAGCUUGCGGGUGGGGCUGCAGGGGACAAGGGCAG